GGCGGGGGGGUUAAACUAUCUCUUCCUGAACUUAAGUUAGUUUCAUUUUCUCCUCUACCUGGUCGUCGGCGGCCCUCAACUCUUACACAGACAAGCAGGUGUAACCAUGGCCUCUGAAACUGCACCCAAAGUCAAUCUGAAGGAAGCGGAAGAACUUGCUCUCUCUCUGAGUGAAGCUCUCAGCAGUGGGAACAGUGAAGAAGCAGUUAAACUGUGCCAGGAGCUGUCACAACUGUCUCUACCAGUCUCUGUCAAUAUCAACAGUCAGGCUUACCCUCAGGAAUCCAUAAGGUUGAAGGUUGGAGUAGAGGAUGCUCAGUCAGAUACCUGCAUUCCAAUGACGCUUGAGGUUUCUCUUGAUAUGACAAUUGCACAGCUGAAAGAAAAGAUCAGCCAUGACUAUGGGUUCGCGCCUUUGCUGCAGCGUUGGGUGAUCGGCAAGAGGUUGGCUCGAGACAAGGAGACACUGUACAACCACGGUGUACGUCACAAUGGCGACCAGGCUUUCCUGUUCAUCCGCUCUGCCCACACUGUUAAUCUGACCCGGCAUCAGCAUAAUAUAGACCAAGAGCAGCAACGCAUUGAGGGCAUUGUGGAGUCGAUGGAGACAAUGCACCUUUUUCCCAGAGGGCUGGGCGGAGGUGGCGGACAGAAGGCAGCUCCUCCUCCUCUUCCUGCUAAACCCCCAACUGUUCCUAAACCUGCUGUGCUUCCUAAACCUCAGCUGGGCUGGGCCUGCACUAGUUGCACUUUUAUGAACAAGCCAACGCGUCCUGGUUGUGAGAUAUGCGGAGGGGAACGGCCUGAGAAUUAUAAGGUGCCAGAGAUCUAUCAGCCGGACCAGGAGGAAAUUCUACGAAUUCAGCAGGAAAAGUUGGCCAUGUUGCAGUAUGAACAGGCUCAGAAAGAUGAACGAGAGAUGAACUACAUGUACUUGUUGGCAACAGAUGAACAGAAUCUUAUCUCCAACGCCACGGAAAUAGACUGUCCCAUCUGCUUCAAUACUGUGGGGCCAGAAGAAGGCAUUGUGCUCAGAGAGUGUCUACACACCUUCUGCAGGGAGUGUUUACAUUCGACAAUCGUGAACAGUCAUGAUGCUGAGGUUUCAUGCCCUGAUGCAUGUGAUAGCAAGCUACUAGAUCGGGAAAUCAAAGCGCUGCUCACAGAGGAAGAGCACCAGCGGUUUCUGGAGUUGCGCUUGAUAAUCGCAGAGAGCCGCACGGAUCACAGCUUCCACUGUCAGACUCCCAAUUGUCGAGGAUGGUGCGUCUACGAGGAUGAAGUCAAUGAAUUCCUCUGUGAACUUUGCCAAAUGACCAACUGUAUCCUCUGCAAGGCCAUCCAUACAGGCAUGAACUGCAAGGAUUACCAGGAUGACCUGCGCAUCCGAGCACAAAACGACCAGGCAGCUCAGCAAACCAAGCUGAUGCUAGAGGCUUUAGUGCAGAAUGGAGAGGCCAUGAAAUGUCCACGGUGUGACGUCAUCGUCCAGAAAAAGGACGGCUGCGACUGGAUCUGCUGCUUGAUGUGCAAGACGGAAAUCUGCUGGGUCACCAAACAAGCUCGCUGGGGACCAAAUGGCCGCGGUGACACAUCAGGUGGCUGCAAAUGUCGAGUGAACAAUCAGCCUUGCCAUCCAAACUGCCAGAAUUGCCACUGAGGGCGAAUACACCCAAAGAACAAAUACUAUGCGUGUGUGUGCGCACAUCUGGCAAGCACACACACACACACACGCACACUAUCUCAUCUCAAGAAAAGCAAACCUCGUCUGAUGCUUGGUCUGCAUUCAUGUAUUCUUUUGAUGUCUUUUUCUGACUCUUACGAUUGCACGACAACAGGAUGUCGUGCAGUGUCUGCUGCUCUUGGCUGGUGUGGUCUACACACGUGAUAACACUGUGUGCAUUAACUAUGCAAAAUGACUACCAGGUUUAAAAUAUACACAUGUAUAAAUACUGUGUAUAUAUAUAUAUAUAUAUAUAUGUAUGUGUGUAAAUUCAAAAUUCAUAGUUUGAUCAGGCACAAGAAUCUACUCAUUCUUUACAUACAACUACAAACAAUAAACUAUUACCCACUACAACUACCACCAAUAUACAUUUAUUUAAAACCUUUUUUUUCCUCACUACUUAGAAUCUACCAAAGUGAUUGAUUUUGUGAUGGAAAUAUUAAGCAAUUGCUUUCACUCAGUCGACUUAAUCUUUCUUUUACGGUGAAGGAUGUUUUACAUGUUUGCACAAAAUUAACGUGUUCACGGAAAAACUGUGAAUUAAAGACUUAUGGAAUAUGUUUAAAUGUGGCAUGUUGUAAAAAAUAAAAAUGCUAUAGCAUUGUUAGGUAUUCAGUUCUCUCUCCGUCGUCCAUAAGCACUUUCAUUUAUGUACUUUACUAAACAGAAUGGGUUUUUUUUUCUCGGCGUGUCGAUUCUAGACAAUGAAGUUGUUGGGUUUCAUCAUUAUUUGAAAGAUUUUUUGAAGUAUUUUUUAUUAAAUUUGUCUUCAGUCGGGUCUACAGAUUAAAAUAAAGAAUUAAACUUUG